AUGGUGAGAACUUGUGGUGCUUCCUCCAAGAAGAUUCCUACUUCUCAAUCCCAAAAGGUGCCAUCUCCUUUGCCUCCUCCAUCUGUGUCAACAGCGCCUCCAUCUGUUCCAGCAGCUGCCACAUCUGUUGGGAAAACUUGCAAAUCCAAGGCACGCAAGAAGGUGUUCUCCCUCUCUAAUGAACACCCCAUGGUGUUUCCAGAUAUCUCAGCUGACAUUGUCGAUGUUGCACCACCAUCUGAAGUGGUGGUGCCCUCUCGAGCCAAGGACCCAUCUCCUCUUCCGAUUGAUUCGUCUCUGGCGGCUAGGGAAAAAUCAGAAUCUGUUUCAUCUUCUUCCAAAGCUGCUGCUGCUGGGUUGCUCAAAUUGCCCUUGAAGCCGAGACAGUCCAAGAAAAAUUCUUUGACUCCCAAAAGGAAAUUGGGGUUGGACACGUCUUCUUCCCCCUUGACUACUGCCAAGAAAAGAUUGAAGGCUCAUCCUCCUUCUUUGUCAUCCUCCGAAUCUGACCCUGAGGAAGAAAAGUCAGAAUCUGAAGCAACCCAAUCAGAGGUUGAAUCUGAUGAGCCAGAAAAAGAAGACAUUGUCCCCUCUGAACAAGAAGCCGCGCCUGACUCAGAACCAAUUGCAACUCCUUUGUCAUCCAAGGCUAAAGGGAAGAGACCUAUUUCUGAUCCUACACCUUCUCCAAAACGUUCAAGUGUAAAUUUCAAACCUUAUUCUUCAACUUUUUGUUAUAAUGAUAAUGCUCGUGAUAUGGUUCUCUAUACUCAAAGGAAAUUUAUCAUUGAGAGAAAUUAUGUCCUGAGUGAUCAUCGGCCUUAUGGUGUGUUAACAAUGCUUCAAGAUCGAAAAUGGACAGGUUCUUUGGUUAUAUUUACUAGUUUUGUGGAUAGAAUAGUCAAGGAAUUCUAUGCCAAUCUUACUAAUGAAAUUAUUGAACCUAAAUCUUCUAUGUAUAAUAAAGUGUUUGUUAGGGGCCAUUGGUUCUCUUUUUCUCCUCAAGACAUUGCCCUUGCUUUGCAUCUUCCCCUUGAUGUCGAGGAUGAUGAUGAUGUUUCCUCUCUUGACAAGGACACGGUUAUCACUGAAUUGGUAGGGAAAAAAAUGGUAUGGCCAUCUAAUACAGUCAUCUCGGUCUCCAAUCUCACCUACAAUUAUGCUGUCCUCCAUAAGUUUGCCACAACGAAUUGGAAGCCCACUUCUCACACCGCCACUAUCUCUUUUGAUAUGUCUUCAUUUUUGUACAAGGUGGGGACCGGUCUUGAUAUAAAUUUGGCUUUGGUUAUUCAUGAUCAAAUCAUUGGGUUUCGCAAAGGUAAUAGGAAAAAAUUGAAUCUUCCUUUUCCUCAAGUUAUUUAUAAAGUGUUGAGUAUGCAGAAAAAAGAUCUCCAACGUGAUCAAGAAGACUUGGUGGCACCCACUACUGCUGCUUCCUACAAGGCCUCUGCUCCUCCUACUGAAGCCACUGAUGCUCCAUCCACCAAGAAAGUCAAGCCCCAAUCUCUGAAGAUGGCCUCGGAUGACAUUCCUCAUGCCUCCUCCUCUGUUGCCACAGAUUCAGGACUUGUUGCAAUAGAAAUAGCUGCUGUUCGAGCCUCUGUUGAUUCUUUGACUGCUCGAGUGAUGUCAAUUGAAGGACUGCAACGUUCUGUGUUGGAGGCUGUUCAAUCUCUAUCCAAAGAUCCAGUCGUUUAA